AUGGUUCAUGAAACAGCAGCCAGAUACCUUGUUCGCAACGGCACGAUCAAUCUCGUAGAGGAGCAUAUAAACAUGGCCCUCUUUUGCUGUCGCUACCUAUCCUCUCGGCCUUUUACUACAGGCAAGAGCCAAAGUAUCAGUGCCGAUGUCCAUUCAGGUUAUUUUGGGCUCUUGGAUUAUGCUGCUGCCCACUAUAUCGUCCACAUACGGGAGAUUGAGACCUCAGAGGUUUCGACAUACUCAGCCUCAAGAUUGGAGGCUGUCAAGGCAGCAGUAGUUGGUUUGGCUAAAGCCAAUUGCAAAGAGAUUUCACUCCAAGCAGAACAGAGUGAUAAGACAACUAAAGACUUGAACUUGGCCAUUGAGGGUAAUGUGCUCACUGUGCGAGCCCUUAUCGUUGGCUACGCUUCGUCAAAGCGACUGGAAAGUCAUAAUGAGGCCUUUCAUCACACCACAUCCGAAGCCAAGGCCAAAGCUGUCUUUCCUGCUGAACUUGAGACUGGGGAAUGGAAUCUUUACGAGGCUUGCAAAGGUGGUAAUCUCGAUGAAGUUAAAAAGUUCCACCGUGAGGGCGUUGAUCUCAACAGCACUCACCUAGAGGCCGUCUCACCAUUGUGUGCUGCUGUUGAGGCUGGGCAUGGUCAUGUUUGCAGGUACUUCAUCGAUAACGGAGUUGACCCUUUUCGUCAGGUAUCUAACAAAAUGGCCUCUCGAACUGCAGUCGCUUCGGCGAUUUACCGAGAACAUCUGGAGAUUUUGGAAUUCUUUCUGUAUAGCGGCAGUAGCCUAGAUGAUUCACUCUUGGCUGAAAACAUUGCCUACGCGAUACACUCGAACCGCUCAGCCGCCUUGAACAUGCUUUUGACCGCAAGACAGCCAAAGUAA